AUCGCAGCAACCCGCUCAAACAGGCCGCAGCCAACUACUAAUGAAACACCCGGAACAACUAGAUUUCUCUUUCUGCUGGCGGCUUUUCAUGAUUUAAUUUUAGUUAUCACUUCGGCAACUAACCGGGCGAAUUAAACGCUUAUGUACGUCAUUUCCGUUCUUUAGACUUCGGUGAAAAGUGGUUUAUUUAUCUUGUCCUGACAACUUCCUGGGUUUAAGAGGUUUAACAGCAAAUGGAGCAGGCGGCCGGCUAUUCACAGUCUGUUGGAAUACAGUGCCAAUUACUAAACCGGAAAUCCCAUCUAGGCCUGGAGCAGAUCGCUGCAGUGGCUGCAUCAGGCAAAUCAUUGCUUGGCUCCAGAAAGUGCUACAAGUUCAUUGUAGAUGACAAUGCUGGUGAAACAGUCGUGAUUUGCUCUGCAUUCAGACUUCUAGAGAAUCUGCAGUUGGAUUGUCCAGUUGGACAGUUGUUGAAUGAAGCAGUACAGGCACACUACAAACAAUACAAAUCUGGAACAUCCACUCUCCUUUUCCUUACUGGAGCAUGGAGUAAAGCUGUUUUAAAUUGUAUCAAGCAAGAGAUUCCCAUUCCUACCAUAGUAUCUGUGAUGUAUGAAGGACUAGAGCAUUGCUUUGAGGUACUAAUAUCACAUCAGAUAUCCAUUGAUGGCAUUUUGAAAAGCUCACAAUGUAAACAAAAUCCGCAAACAGUUAAAGCUGAAAGAUUAUCAUGUCCUUUAACUAGCUCUCCUACCCAUCUGACUAAUGAGAUGCAAUCAUUUGCAAAAGAACACGCUUAUUUUCAGUCAGAUGUAUCAAUAAAAGGGAAUUGCAGAAACAGCUACAGUGUUAACAAGGCGAAUGGCUCCUUAUUGUGGCCUUUUUCAAAUAAUAUGACUCGUGCCUCUUCUAAGCAAGGUCGACCAAGCUCCACAAGCAUCCGAGUAAAACCAGAAGUAAAUAUGAGCCGACACUUCAGGAAUCCUAAUAGAAACAGACAAGAAGAAGCUUUGCCAGAUUUGUUAAACACUUUUAAAGAGGAUUCCUUUGCCACUGCAGCUGAUUCUGCCAGCUUUACAGCAUUGGCUUUGUCACUGAGCCAUGGAAACCAGAGGAUGAUGAAGUUAGUAAUAGAGGCAUACAAAAUUCAGGCUCAAAGUAUUUUCGCAGAAAAUGGUAACAGCAAAACGCUGCCAGAAUUUGACAUUGGUAAUUUGGUUACGUAUUUCCUGCCAGGACCACCUGAGCACAAUUCCUGUGUGAGUCCUGGUUUUAUCACAUUAAUCACAGGAGAGCAGUCUAUGAUUGUCAAGCAUUUGGCCAAUUUGCCGCUUCAUACUAUAUUUAUAAAUGGAGAUCUUACUGAUAAGUACUAUCAUCCAGGAUUCAACAGAAUUUCAAAUAUUAAAAUGGUUACUCAGACUGUUGACAUUUCUAAAAAUUUAGAAGAAGAGUGGUUAUGUACAACAAUGAAUAUACUUCAUAAGUUUCAUAUUAAUUUAAUUCUGGUAAAGGGGAUAACAUCUCCACAUUUAAUGGAUAUAUGCAUGCAAGAAAAUAUUUUAAUAAUACAAGAAAUGAAAGACCCAGUGUUUCAAAGGUUUGCAGAGGUUAUGGGAGGUGGUAUUGUAACUUAUAUUACACAAGUAAAAGAGAAUUGUGUGGGAACUGGAGGACAUCUAUGUUUCUGGAAAAUGGAAAAUGGAGGUGCACUGAACUUGGGAGAAAGAGUUGCUGUGCAGAUAAGUACUUAUAAAACUGCUGUGAUCACAGUAGUGCUUUGUAGCCCCUUAAGUUGCAAGCAGCAGACAUUAGCGGACCAAUUCUGGACUUGUGCAUAUCGUCUGAAACAUGCACUUAGUGAGGGACGAAUCUUUCCUGGUGCAGGAGCCACUGAACUUGUUUGCCUCUGCCAUCUAAAGCAGCUAAUAUUAGAAAAAUCUUUCAAACCAGGAAGUGAUACAGCAAGUUGCAUCAGUGCACAUUGUUCUUCAUGGUUUGCUGACACUGCAGCUUUGUACAAAUCACGAAUCUUGCAAGCCUUAGCUGAUGGCUUGGCUGAUUACCUUGUAACUGCAAUGAUUAAUACUGGCAUGUAUGGAACACCACUGGAUGCUUUGACAGAAGUGCAAAAGUGCCUUCACAAAAGUGUUGGUGUAUUUCCUAUCAUUUCUGAGUUAUCAGAACAGUGUGUGAAUGUUGGUGUACCAUGCAGGCCUCCCUGUAGAAGUCUGAAUGAAAACUGCUUUGAAGUCUAUGAUAAUGUGACAGUCAAGCUGGAAGCUUGGCGAAGAGCUUUGAAUCUAGUGUUAUUGGUACUGCGGGCAGAUGCUGAAAUUAUCACUGGCACCAGAGCUAAAACUUGUACAGUUGCUGAAGACCAGUUAAGAGAAGGAACAUUCCUAUAGCAUGAAUAACAAGAUCAGCAAAUCUGCAGUUAGCCAAUAUGGAAGGUAGGCGGUUCUACAAACAAAAAGAAAGCUUAGCCUAGUCUUGAUGGUGGACUGCAAGUGCUAAUGUAAAAAAAGUACCAAAGGGACACAACCCACAGCAGGCGGGUUUUGGUCCCUUUGAACCCACUGCAACUGGUUUAGUUAUGGGGGUUGCCACUACCUCUGUACUUCUAAUUAUAAAACACUGAUUAGAAAAUGGGCUUUGGUAAAAAUAUUGACAGCUGGAAUUCAUUUUACAUAGUUUACCACUGUAAACCAUUAUUCUGUGGUGCAUGCACAUGUACACCAGAAUUUUUCCGGCCCUUUGGCGGCAAGGGAUGCAGGAAUCUAGACAGUUGCAUGUCAGGUUCACUAGCCAACACAUUCUAUAUGCUUUUGCUGGAGGAAAGCUUCAGUGGCACCCUAAAUAGGGUGAUCACAAGGACAUUUAUCCAUUGCAAUGAGAGCUUACAAAUAGAGCAUGGGCUCCCCGAUUGUGACCGCUCUUUGCCAGGUGAGAGGUGGCAGCUUCAUACAGAAGGUCAGAACCUCAUAACUUCUAAAGUUACUGAAGGGCUCAGCAGCAUCAUAGGGCAAAGCUGGUGUCUGCCCAUAUCACAGCUUUGCCAUCUAACGAUAAAAUUGUGGAAAUGGAUGUCUCCGAUGGGUCACAUGCAAUGAACUUCUCAUCCGUUCCAUGGGCCCUCAGCAGUGCUCCAAUUAGCCUCACGAUGGUGGAGGGCUAUCAGACUCCAUUGCCUUGAGAGGCCACCCGCUGUCCUUAAAUGGACGACAGAGGUAUCCUCUUAAUUGGUCAUCUCCCAGAAGAUUCCCCUAUUGGCACAUAUCUCACUCGAACGUGCUCAGGAUCUGGAAGUUUCUGGCCAAAGAUCCUAAUAUUCCUUUGAUAGUUUUUUUUAAAGGAAGCAGAUAUUUGCAUAAUUAAAUGAAUUGCAUUUGCUCCACUGUGUAGAAGUUUCAAGAACUACAGAAAGCUGAACCCUGUAAGAUAUUUUGGUGCUGAUAUGUUUUAAAUAAAACAAUGACCAGUUUAAUAAA